AUGUCAGUGUUUGUGGCAGCAGAAGCCCUCCCACCCCAACCCACGGCAGCACUCCCACCCCAACCGCCAGCCCCACAACCGGCUCCUCAUCAACCAAGGCAACGGAGGCGUGCUAGGCCACCAAUUUUCCGCACCCGUGUCAUACUUUUUGGGAUGCCAGAUGAUGUUGUUGUGCGUAGAUACAGGCUGCCACCACAUCUAAUCCUAGACACUCUCUCCAUAAUAGAGAGUGAUCUGGAGUCUUCAAUUCGGUAUCCUAGAGCAAUACCACCAUUGACACAAUUCCUUGCUGUGUUACAUUUUUUGGCCACAGGGUCAUUUCAGCAUGUUGUUGGAGACCUGGUUGGCAUGUCGCAGGGCCAGUUCAGUAAGGUCCUGCGGCGUGUCAGCCAGGCUUUCAUAAAGCGUGUGAAGCAAUUUAUUGCUAUGCCUCUGGAUGAUGGUGCCCUAGAUGUGGUGAAGUGGCAAUUUGAGGAAGGUGGUAGUCGCUUCCCACAUGUUAUUGGGGUUGUGGAUGGCACACAUGUAGCUAUUGUGCCCCCAAGACAUAAUGAAGAAAUUUAUAGAAACAGGAAACUGUUUCAUUCUCUGAAUGUAAUGGUUGUUUGUGGGCCAUCCCUCCAGAUCCUUUCCCUGAAUGCCAAGUUUCCCGGAAACUCGCAUGAUGCUUAUGUCAUUAGACAAUCAGGGAUAUGGCACAGAUUAAGAUCAAGACAACGAGCAGACAUGUGGUUAUUGGGAGACCGUGGAUAUCCUUGCACCCCCUGGCUCAUGACUCCUUACCGUAAUCCCAGGCCAGGACCACAGACGGAAUUUAACUCCGCGCUUACUGCCACUAGACAGCUGGUGGAGCGCACAAUUGGGGUCCUUAAAGGCCGUUUUCGUGUGCUCCACCGCACUGGUGGCGACAUCAUGUAUUCGCCGGAGAUGGCAAGUAAAAUAGUGGUCCUGUGCGCUAUACUACAUAACAUCGCGGUAAGGAGUAGCGUAGAGCUUCCUCAGACAGAGGAAUUGCCAGAUGAGGAACCAGGGGUUGUCCGUCGAUUCGGUGGGGGGAGUGUUUCACGGAGGGGCAGCCAAGUCAGGGCAAGCAUUGUUGAAGAAUAUUUCAGGUAUAGUGUAUUUUGAUUUACUUUUCGAAAAUAAUCUAAAACACUGUAUGCUUAUGCUCAUUUUGUUACGAUGUAAUUUGGCUUGCUAUUGUAAGGUCAUUGUGUAAUUAAUCGGGUGUGUGGGAAUCUCUAAUUAUGUUUUUUAAAAAUAACCUUAAACAAGUUAAGCUUACAAUGUUUUAUUUUAG